UUAAACCAAUCUCUGAUAUAUUGCUGAAAAGUUACUUGUAAGUUAGUUUUGUCUUAUUUCAAGAUUUUGAGUUUCAGCAGUGCAGUGAUUCUGAGGGACUUUAGAUGUGGAGUGGCACAAACUGAGCUUAUCUUCCUGCAGUCCACCACAGUUUGGUAAGAUUUGUCCCGUCGUAAAUGUAAACCUAAGAAUACCUCGUUUAUAACUGGCCCUGCCUUCAUGCUUCUUUCCAAACAGCUAAGCUCCUGAUUUAUUACCCCACCUGCGCUGAUGUUUAUCUCAAGAUUAGAUCUCAGUUUGUCGACCUCCUUUCUCCAACCUAAUAGCUCAGCACAAUAUCAAAAUGUGCCAGCGAAGGUUUGGACAGUGAUAUAACCAAAAACAUCUGUCAGGGCUGGUUAGCAGGAAUCCCCAUGCAAAACAAAGACAGCAGUCCAUUAGAGCAGAAUGCUAACAGUUGGCCUGGCUCUGGAAAAUCUCAGUACACUGUCAGAGUCCACAUGGCGGUGACCGGGUCCACUCUACCUGGGCCGAGCAGCUCCUAAAUCCCAGCCCUGUUUGUCUGAGCGCCUGUCUCUGAGGUAAAUACGGCUCAAAGAAAAGCAUGAGGAGCCAAGUGAAGAUAAGAGAUAAACCUGGUUUUUGAUUAAUGCUGUGUGAUGUUUCUCUGGAAGCUUGGCAGAGUCUAAUCAUCUUAGAGGCCGCUGGCAGGGUGGCCUGCAUUUUGUCACUUUUGCACCAGUUUUUGUGAUAAAUUCCCUCCAAUAGUGUUCAAUGGAAGAGCUUUAAGAGAAGCUGGAAAGUGUUCGUGUACUGACGCGUACCUUUGUGUGUCCACAAGUGUUUAAAUGGCUUAAAUGGAGCAGAGAUGGAGCCACACUUCUCUUCUGAGCGCUGAAGGUACAACCAGGAAAAGAUUAUUUUUCUCCAAAUGAUCUCUGAAGGUUUAACAUGGGAUGAGCCUGCCAUCGGUACAUUAAGCUGCAUCCUGGUGCAUCCUGACUGAGACCCCGGACCAUCCCCCAAACCCUGGAGGGGCAGGGGUGACGAGCAGGAGAAAAAUGCGAUGCACCACCCUCACCACCUUGCUGACGGGGGUCAUGCUGUACCUGGGCAUGGGAGCGCUCGUUUUUGUCACCCUGGAGACGCCAAAGGAGAGCAAGGCACAUGUGAAUCUGCUCAAGGCCAAGCAGGACUUCCUCAGUAACAACUCCUGCGUCACUGAGGUUAAUUUACAAGAGCUUGUGAAGGAACUGGUAUCUGCUGUCGAGGCAGGCCUGGACAUAAGGAACCUACCUGCCAACCUGACCAGCCGCUGGGACAUGGGCUCCGCUUUCUUCUUCUGUGGUACCAUCAUCACCACCAUAGGCUUUGGGAAUCUGUCCCCUCGGACGUGGCUUGGACAGCUGUUCUGUGUGUGUUAUGCCCUGGUCGGUAUCCCCAUGUUUGGCAUCCUGCUUGCUGGAGUGGGUGAUCACAUGGGCACGGUGCUGCGGAGAGCUGUGGCCAAGAUUGAGAACCUGUUUUUGAAACGUAAAAUCAGGUCCACAACUGUGCGCGUGAUGUCAGCAGUUCUCUCCAUCCUUAUUGGCUGCUUGAUUUUCCUCGCUGUCCCGACGGUCGUGUUUCAGAAAGUGGAGAGGUGGUCGUUUCUGGAGUCGCUGUAUUUCGUGGUCAUCACCCUUACCACUGUUGGAUUUGGAGACUUCGUACCAGGUGGAGGUUAUGAAGGUGGGACGAUCUUCAAGCCUCUUGUGUUGUUGUGGAUAGUGUUUGGCCUGGCCUACUUUGCCUCCAUCCUCACCAUGAUAGGCAACUGGCUGAGGGUUCUGUCCAAGAAGACGCGCGCUGAGGUGAGAGCUAUUAAGAUGGAGGAGUUAAGGGCCCACGCCACAGACUGGACCCAGAACAUGGACUUCCGUAUCCCAAACCCUCUGGAAUUCAACGACCCUUUCCUUCUUCAACGCCGGCGUUGGAAACGCAGUGAGCGACGCCGCAUCCGCCGGGGAGCCCACGGCACCCUGGGACACUGGGUUCGAGGCACCUCUGAGAACGGACACUUGCCGAACCGCUGGGCCGGCCUCUCCAGCUCCAUGUGCCAGCUGGAAGGUCAGUCCUCUCUAGAGAGGGCUCCGGUGGCCAAGCCUCGGCCACGGGGCAGCGCAGCUGGAGACCCAGCAGUCCCAAAAGCAGCUCUGGGGAGCAGACCAGAUGCUGCUGUUGGUGUUCAGGGACAAGGAAGGCCCUUUCACCAGGUUCUGACCCGCUCGUUCUCCCUCCCUGUGGCCCGAUCCACCUCAGAGCUGGACUCCACAGGUACAGCCAUGCAGGAGGGCUCCCUCUAUGAGUCUGUGUAUGACUCCCAGUCAGAUGGCUCGUCGGUGUCUUUGACAUUCUCAGUACUCCACAGUUUCCUAGGCUCUCAUCCCUUCAGCGGCGUGGAGGAAGGGGACUUGAGGGGCUUACAAAUAGCCACAGAACAUGAAAAAGACCAAAGCAUUUUACAAAAAUCUGAAUCUGAACUUAACAGUGCCUGCGGUCAAACCCCACCUCAAAGUUUUCCCUCUUGCUCCCCUCCUCCCACGCCUGAACUGCCCCCUCCAUCCCCUCAAGGCACUGCUGCCUCCUCAUUAGACUGUCAGCUGCUGAAUUUCUUCGGAGAGAACUUGGCCUACAUUGACGAGUCUUCAGACACGCUCAGUGAGCCCACAGUUAGCAAAGAGAAAAGGAGACAUCUACGCAAGCCCAGGCGGAAGAGCAUAAAGAAACGACUGACACACAGGUGGAGCCCCCUGCAGGUGAGAAGGCUCAGCAUGCAGCCACCAUCUAAUCCCCCAACACCUCCUCCAGAAUGCUCUCCUUCAGACAUUUCUCUAGCAGAGACCUAGACAGAUUCAGCUCCUGGCCUUUGAUGGCCCCCUAUAAAUAUAGCAUACUGGCAAAGUUUGUGUGACAAACCUUGACGCCUUGCCAUGCUGCAUCUUGAAUCAUGAAUUUCUUGAAGGUCAUCAAUGAAGUCAACUCCCAAAUUUCACCUUCUUUAUAUUUUUGCUAAACAGCAUCUGGACUGACUCUUCUGUUCCCUACUGGCGCUGAUAGUUUAAGGGUUGAUUCAUGUUUACAUCUUAUGCCGACUGUCAUAUUUAUGCCUUUGUUAAAAAAAAGACCAAGGUUCAUAUUUCAUUAGUUGCAUUUUUUCCUUUUAACAUCACACAUUAUCUGAUACAGUCAUUCUGAAGUUUCAGCUCUGUAAACACUAAGAUUUCCAAGAACCGGAUUACUGAAAAGAAUUGUUUCUAAAAACAUACUGAAACAGUGAUACAGUACUACUUGUAUUUUUCCAGUUUGUUAAGUUUUUCAUUCAGACAAACAUAUUCUUAUCCAUUGCCACUGCCUGUUUGGAUGAAAGCUAAGACUUAAUUUUGUAUUCACUCUGAUGUUGGAUUUUCCGAGAUGGUUGGAAAAUACACAAGGAUAUUCCCUGAAGUCUAAAUCCAACACAAAAGUGAAAAUCCAAUAUGGCUGCCUCCUGUUUAAAUAAUACAUACAUAAAUAAAUGGUUUAUUUGCACCUUUUUGGACAGUUUAUUUCUCAUACAAUCUUUAACACACACCUAUAAAUAUUCGUAUAACCUGUGGUUAGUGAACAUGUUUCUUUGGUGCUUGAAUAAACAGAAGAAUCUCACACUGGUUUUCUGACUUCCAACUAGGUAAUUGUGAAGUUGGGUUCGAUGUUAUUGUUGGUUAGUUCACUGGUUUUAGCAUCAUUAUAAACUAGCUCUCAAAAUAUUGGGGUUGACGCCAAACAUUUCUGAUUGUAAUACAGCAGAAUCUUGAAACCCUCCUCUAAAAUAUUUAAAGUUUUUCAGCCUUUUAUUCAAGGUGGCAUUAAAAAGUCUUAAAUUUAAUUUGCUGAA